UAAAGUAUCAAGGCUGUCUUAUUCCUGUAUUUAAAAGAGAGUGAAACCAACCAUGUGUUUAUCUUUACUUUGUGACUUCCCUCUUCUGUAUGGUAACUCGCUACUGUUGAUUCAAUCAGGAGGAAACAGUGCAAUGGUUGGGGACAAUUUUCAGCGUCAGAUUAAGUAUGCAAUAAUGUUACUUUCCUGCAAAGUAGUCAUGUCUUAUUGAAAAGGAGAACAGCUAUCAGUAAGUUCAAGCCUCACUUUAUCACACAGACACUGUAUGAAGGCAUGAAUCAUAUCUGGACAUUUGACUGCUGGAUUUCACUACCAACUGGUCUUUAUUAAAAUGGCACAUCACUUCGCUCUGGCUGUGUUCAUUCUGGCCUUCACUGGAUUCUGGAGCAUGUGUGCAGCCGAUGUUGGAGACUUUGCUCCAUGCCUUGAGAGCUUCUAUAGGUCCUGGCCUCCUAAAGGUCUGGUGGGGACCCCGAUCUGCCAACGGUAUCAAAACCAGUACCGCUUUGCCACGCUGUACAGUCGGCCACGCCGCACUCCAUGGUUCUCGGCCUAUUUGUAUGCCACACCAGAAGGAAAGAGACCCCACACAUUCUGGAAGUAUGAGCCACAGUUAGCCUACCCAGGAGCUGAUGGCAACAUGCUCUCCUUCCCUCUGGGUCAUCUGGAUCAGAACGUGGUGGAAAGCCAGGGAGUGGAGUUGGACUACAUUAACUCCACCUAUUCUCGUGGACACUUGAACCCCAGCCUCCACCACAAGAGCUAUAAGGACCGCGCCUCUACCUUCACCCUGACUAAUGUUGUUCCUCAAAUGGCAGGCUCUAAUGAUGGACCAUGGGAAGCCCUGGAGCAGAAUGUCAACAAAACCUUAGGCACCUACUGUCUCGGAGACACCUACAUAGUGACUGGCAUCAUCCCUUACCAGAGCGACGAGCCCUGGCUCAGGAAUCAUCGUGUAGCCGUGCCUGAGUAUAUUUGGUCCGCCUACUGCUGCCCAAACUACAACAACAGUCUACCAAAAGUACUGAAGGAUGCUUUCCCCACGUAUGCUGCCAUUGGUCGCAACGACUGCAACAGCACAGAGGAGAUUGUGCCAGUAAGCCAGCAGACUAAGAAACAGUUCAGAGGGUAUGAUGUGAGAAAAAUGCCACUGGAAACACUCGAAAUGUAUCUGAAGGACAGAUUCAAAACUGUUGUCAGUGUUUUUUACGAGCAGUGCUCUCAAUCCAACUGAUUUUGCAGACACAAAUACACUGUUAUAUCUUACAAUAGAAAAAAAAUCAUGUAUUUAAAAUAUUGUUCCUAAUAAACUAAGAAAAUUGCUGAUGCAUUGUUGCACGAUGACCUUACAUUAACGUGUCUUUGAUCAAGAAAAAUGGUGAUUCUUUCUCGGAAACAAUAAUAUUCACCUUUAUGUUUAGCUAAUAGUAAAGUGAUUGAUAACCUACCUCUCUCAUUUGUGUAUGUUUAAUAAAUUGAGCUUGCGAGACCGUUGUUUUAGCGUUCAAAAAAGCGGGAGACAGCUAGCCCAGUUCCCUCAAUAAAAAAACAAAACAAACAUCUUUACAUGAUAUUUUUACACUUAGGUUUUCAUCCAGUCCAAAUCAAAAACAUACCACACAUUCAUAUUAGAAGUGCAUUUUUUGUUAUGACUGAGCAGAGCCAUGCUAGCAAUUUCCCUCUGUUUCUAGUCUUUAUGCUAAGCUAAGGUUGCUGUAACUUGAUAUUUACUCCACAGAUAUGAGAGUGGUAUACAUUUUCUCAUCUAGCUCUUGGCAAUAAAGUGAGUUGCUGUUUGUGUAAAAGCUAUAACUUGACCUCAGAUAAUUCAUCUCAAUUUAAUAAACCUGAAUUUAUAAACAUUG